UAUUUGGAGUGUUUUUUACACUUUCUGCCAAGUUUAAAAAUUAAAUCCAAAAAAAAAUAUUACAGCAAACAUAUUUUUAUUAUUGUGUAAAAGUGGAUUCGUAUAAGUUUUUUUGUAUGGACUCUAACAAAAUGACUGGUGAACCUAACCAACAAAAUCAGACUUCUGUAUUUGGAUUUGAUGAAUAUCCACCACCGUUUCAGGUAAACUGGAACCAAACCAAUCCUUUUGCUAAUAUCAUACCCCAAUAUAAUGCUUCGAUGAGCCAACACCAACAAAUGUUCGUACCAGAACCGGGUUCCCCAUUUUCAACUGCAGUCAAUGUUUCCCCAUUAGUAACUCCAGUUCCAGUACCCAAUCUAGCAUUAAGUACUAUUGUACCGACAAAUAACUCGUUCGAUCAGCAACUAAGUGGAUUCUCAUUCGGAAACCGAAAGCCUAACCAAGAAGUUUUUCAAUUUGAAAAUUUGGCUGGAUUUGGGUCAAGAGAAAUAAGAUGCAAGAGGAAAACAGAUUCACCUCCUUUGCGACCAGUAAAACAACACAUCACCGAAGAAAAAAUGGCGGAACACAUGUCAAAAUUACACAUCAGUUCUGAAACAGCAGCCCCGGUAGAGACGGACUCGUCUAGAAUUCGACGCCUUUAUAUGUGCGAGGAAAUGCGUAAAUUACAGACAGACCCAAUUCUUCCCCAAAGUCUGCUAUCUCGAAUACAAAGUCCUUGUACGGCCCUGGUACUAUGGAAACCGCCCGCCAAGUUGGUACCUAUUUCGGAUAGCACCGUCGCGGAUCAAAGUAAGAGUAAAAAUUCUGAUAGUAAAAAAUCUGAUGAACCAGCUGACGAGGCCGAAAUGAGUGAGGUAAUUCUCAGUACUAUGGAUCUAGAUACUUGUUGAAAUUUUUUUUGUCUAUUUUGCUAUCGAAGACUGACUUGACUUUUUAGUGAUAAGAGUUGAAGAAUUUUUAUCUGUGUUUUUAAUUAGUAAUUAGGUCGAUUAAGUGUUAAUAAUCACUGUUGUUAAAUGUAUUUAUGCCUGGAUUCAUGGUCAAAGUUCUAGCAUCAAUUUGUUUCUUUGUGGUUCUAAAUCAUUUAAGUCUGAGUUGGGAGGUGCAUUUGGCAUUUUUACUAUAUAGAAAAUUUAUAAAAUUAAUAAUUUGCAUCACAGGCAUAUAUAUUUUUAACAGAAAUAUACGUUAACAUAGAAAUGUUCAGUAUUCUCAUAUCAGCAGUUGGACAAAUGACUUUUUUUGAUUAAAAUAAAAUAUCUAAUGCCCUUUUUGGAGAACUAAAUAAUCAAUUAAUA